CUCAAAACGGGUACUUGAGGAACGUCAUCCAUUCUCUGUCCCUUGAUAAAAAGAGGCCACAAGACGUAAUGUAAGCACAAAGAGAACUUGGAAGUGCUGUUUGAGAGGCCACAGCAUCAAGCGAAACAUUUUUUGGGGGGGAUAAAGAAUGCUGAUUGUUACGUUGGCCAGAGCCAACUUGGUGCGUUGAUAUUACUGCUUCUGACUUGAAGAUUCCAUUUACUGAAGGAUUCGCCCUGGACUGGAGUGAGGCCCGCAUAGCUUUUUCAGCUAGCUAGCCAACGUUAGUUUACGGUACCUCUGCCUCACACUGCAUUCCUGACGAAAAAAACGUCUUAUCUUCGAGCUGAAGUAACUUUUUUUGCGGGCAAAAUGAACCAAGCAUACUCUUCUAGAAGUGAAAUAGGCCCCGAAGUAACGGCCGCAGCAACCUUUGUUUCCAGGCUAUUGAGAACAAGAGGCUUCCUGAGCGAACACCAACUCCAUGAUUUCAGAGAUUGUCUUCAACAGUCAUUAUCAGAGCACUACCAGAACCACUGGUUCCCUGACAGACCACAGAAGGGCUCUGGCUACCGCUGCAUCAGAAUGAAUCAUGAAAUGGACCCAAUCAUUGGCAGGGCUGCUGGUCGGAUCGGACUUACUAGCGAUCAGCUCUUUGCCCUCCUUCCCCGGGAGCUGACACUCUGGGUGGACCCUUUUGAGGUCUCUUACCGCAUCGGGGAGGAUGGCUCCAUUUGUGUCCUCUAUGAGGCAGAGUCCCUAGCGCCCGCAGCAGCCCCUAGCCCUGACCCCACACACAACUGCAAGAAUCAGUUUCUGAUCGGUGGCCGCACUAGCCCUCCGAAGAACUACCUGAUGACUGUCUCGAGCUAGUGUGGUUCAGGCACUACCGCGACGCCAAACCGCAUCGGUGUGAAGGCCAUCGACCACCCACAGUGAUCCUUUUUGUAUUUUCAUUUCAUAGUGUUUCCCCCUAUUAAAUUAACUUGAUUGCUUAUUUAAUUGAAUUUGCGUAUUCUAAAAGCACCUGGUAUUUGUUAGAGCGUUGGGUAGCACUUUUGAAUGUUUGACUACCAGCCCAUAGGCUCUAAUUGCACUGCUGGGACUCUCAGUAUGUAGUGUGCUUAUGUCCUGUGGUAUUAGCACACUACAUGCAAGCAUGGGCUCUGUUAAGUGUAAACACAACAUCUCUGGGAUUCUGAUGCUAGUUUCUCAUGGUGUAAUACUUCACGCCACUUUUAAACUAAAAUAAUCGUAUAACUGGAGUCAAGUAUUUGUUCCGUAACCUAUACAUUUACAAAAAUGUGGUUUUAUAAUUCAGUUCACUGCUGGUUUGUAAUCUUACGGGACCACGUCACCUAUCUGUGCCCUGAAAUCAAAGACUCAAGACAAAAUGUCUGACUUCCCAGUUGCAAAAAAAGCUGCCUCUAAAAGGGUUUUACUGCCUCAAUGUGACGUCUGCUGCCCAAACACCUUUGAGGAAUACUGCCUAACUUUCAUAGAUUAUUUUUUCACAAUAGCCAGUGUUAAGAAAAAUUGGAGUAUGGCAAACUAAUUUCACACCUCUUGCAUCCCAGUAGACAUAACAUUAAUAAUUUAAAAUGGCUUGUGCUGUCAACAUGUUCAAAAAGGGGUUAGGAUUUUAAUAUUUCACUAUUGUGAAUUUUUGUUGUUGUUGGGAAGUCUUCUGUUAUCCCCCCCAGGUAGAAUAAGCUGUGAGGUGGUUGUUGGCGUCAUUUUAACGUCUAGCACUGCCAGGUAGUGUGGUGCUCUCAGCCCUCUGUAGCAUCCUCUUCUUCCUACCGAGCUGUUGAGCAGCUCACCAUUGCUUACUGUUCUAGACAGGGGAAGGAUAUAGUUUGUAAGCUAUUUGAAGCACAGUAAGCAUUUAAAGUAACUAUUUUAAAUGACUUGUGCAUCUAUAAAUAUUUGUACAGUUUGUCACAAUUUUAUUACAAUAAACCUUUAUGAAUUCA